UCUUUCAAAAUGACCAUACACACCCGUCACUAAUGAGCCGCUACCCACUAGCCAUUAGAGCAAUCGAAAAGGUUCGAUCAGUCUAAUUAGAAUAAACAAUAUUAGCUUCGUCUCUUUGGUUGAGCUGAAUGGCAGGCCAUCGUCUGGGUCCUUUAGCUGUUUCUCCCACCUUUAAACCUAUAUAAAGGUUGAAUUAGUAUAGCACCCAAACAGGUCACUGACCCGUGAUCGGUUCAGGAACAUGGAUUGCCGGAAAACAAAAUUGGCCCUUCUUGUGUUUCUGUGGGCAUCCACUUUCGGCCUGUGUCUGUGUCUUCCAAGGGAGUUCUCUAUAGUAAGUCAUGACAAGGACGAGUUAUUGUUAUCAGAAGAACGAGUCUCCGAUGAGUUCAGGCAAUGGAGGGAGAAGCAUGGGAAGGUUUACAAGCAUUCAGAAGAGUUGCAGAGGAGAUUGGAGAACUUCAGGAAGAAUCUGAAAUACGUAUUAGAGAAGAACUCGGAGAGAAAAUCUCGGUCGGGGCAGGUUGUGGGUAUGAACAGAUUUGCAGAUAUGAGUAACGAGGAGUUCAAGGCGAUGUAUAUGUCUAAGAUUAAGAAGCCGAUUGGGAAGAAGAGUGCUGUGAAAUGGGGGAGGAGGAAGGGAAAGGAGAUGAUGUCAUGUGAAGCGUCUUCGUCUUUGGAUUGGAGGAAGAAGGGAGUAGUGACUGCUGUGAAGGACCAAGGCGACUGUGGGAGUUGUUGGUCAUUCUCUUCAACUGGAGCCAUGGAAGGUAUAAAUGCAAUAGUCUCCGGAGAACUUAUUAGCCUUUCAGAACAGGAACUUGUAGACUGUGACACAACCAAUGAUGGGUGCGACGGAGGUUAUAUGGACUAUGCGUUUGAGUGGGUUAUAAAUAAUGGUGGAAUCAAUUCAGAGUCCAACUAUCCUUACACAGGGUUGGAUGGAACCUGCAAUGUCACCAAGGAGAAAAUCAAAGUAGUAAGCAUUGAUGGCUAUGAAGAUGUAGCUGAAGAAGACAGUGCUAUGCUUUGUGCUGUUGUUCAACAACCUGUCAGCGUGGGGAUUGAUGGCUCAGCAUGGGAUUUUCAACUAUAUACAGGGGGGAUCUAUGAUGGGGACUGUUCGAGCGAUCCAGAUGACAUUGACCAUGCAGUUUUGAUUGUAGGUUAUGGUUCACAAGGAGAUGAAGAGUAUUGGAUAGUGAAGAAUUCAUGGGGAACUACUUGGGGAAUAGAUGGAUACAUAUAUAUAAGGAGGAACACAGAUUUGCAAUAUGGGGUUUGUGCAAUCAAUGCCAUGGCUUCUUAUCCAACCAAAGAAUCCGUUACCCCUUCACCUUCUCCUUUCCCAUCUCCAUCUGUUCCACCUCCACCACCACCACCACCACCACCACCAACUCCACCACCUCCUUCGCCCACGCCUCCCUCUCCUGGUCCAUCACCAAGUGAGUGUGGAGACUAUUCCUACUGUCCAGCUACAGAGACUUGCUGCUGCAUAUUUGAAUAUUAUAAUUACUGCCUCAUCUAUGGCUGCUGCGAGUACGAGAAUGCUAUAUGCUGUACUGGAACUGACUAUUGCUGCCCUGAGGACUAUCCCAUUUGUGAUGUCGAUGAUGGACUCUGUCUCAAGAACUAUGGAGAUUACCUGGGAGUAGCUGCAAAGAAACGAAAGAUUGCCAGGCACAAGUUCCCAUGGACCAAACUGGAAGGGAUGGGAAACCCAUAUCGACCUCUCCAGUGGAAGAGGAACAAGUUUGCAGCAUUGCAGUGAAGAUGGUAGUGUUCCGUGGAUCAAAAUGGACGGAAUUGCGAACCUGUAUUGGCUUCUCCAGUGGAAGGCAAAUUGGUUUGCCACAAUGAGCCAAAUAUGAUGUUCAACUUAUUUGGUUCGGUCCUUUGAGGCUUGGAUGUUGUUGCCAACAUUUGUUUGCCACAGGACCUAUUUGGAGCAAUUGCUAUCAAAUAAAAUUUCUGUGAACAACACUAAGAUUAAACAUGUGGAAUGAAGACAACAUAUUACAUAAUAAAGCAACCAAUGAUAAGAAGAAUUAUAUGUUCUUAA